CUCUCUGGGGAACGGACCCGUGCGAACGUAACUUCCGGCCCAGCCGGGUCCAGGGGGUCGCUGCGUUUGCUUUGGGAAUCCCGUGGCGGCUGGACUCGCGUGGUCAUGUGGCGGCUGCUGGCUCGAGCCGGAGCGCCGCUCCUGAGAGCGCGGCUGUCAGAUUCUUGGGCCGUCCUGCCCGCCAGUGCUGGCCUAAAGACGCUGCUCCCGGUGCCGACUUUUGAGGAUGUUUCCAUUCCUGAAAAGCCCAAGCUUAGAUUUGUUGAAAGGGUACCACUCGUGCCAAAAGUGAGAAGGGAACCUAAGAACUUGAGUGACAUCCGGGGACCUUCUACUGAAGCUACUGAGUUCACAGAAGGCAGUUUUGCAAUCUUGGCACUGGGUGGUGGUUACCUCCAUUGGGGCCAUUUUGAAAUGAUGCGCCUGACAAUCAACCGCUCUAUGGACCCCAAGAACAUGUUUGCUUUAUGGAGAGUACCAGCCCCUUUCAAGCCCAUCACCCGCAAGGGUAUGGGACAGCGCAUGGGGGGAGGCAAAGGUGCCAUUGAUCACUACGUGACUCCUGUGAAGGCUGGCCGUCUCAUAGUAGAGAUGGGUGGGCGUUGUGAAUUUAAAGAGGUACAAGGUUUCCUGGACCAGGUUGCCCACAAGUUGCCCUUCCCAGCAAAGGCCGUGAGCCGUGAGACUCUUGAGAAGAUGCGGAAAGAUCAGGAGGAACGGGAACAGAACAACCAAAACCCCUGGACCUUUGAGCGCAUAGCCACUGCCAACAUGCUUGGGAUACGGAAAGUCCUGAGCCCGUAUGACUUGACCCAGAAGGGGCGGUACUGGGGCAAGUUCUAUAUGCCUGAACGUGUGUAGUGAGAAUGGGAGACAUAAAUGUACAAAGGCUACCAAGAGAAAGAAUCUACAUUUUGAUUCCCCUCAGCCUACCCUUACAGUCUUUGGGUGGCUCUGAGAUCUAACCAAGGAACAGUAUAUGAGUAAAUGAUUUCUGAAAAAUUGUA